AAAAAUUUUAUUCAUUUUUUAGUUUUGUAGGUUAUCUGAAACUCUGACAAUGUUUCACUUGAUUCAUAUUUUUCUGAGAUAGAACAGUAACUGUUCUAUUGUACAACUGUUGUACAAUAACUAUUUGAUUAAUUCAUUUUGAUUUUUCAAUUCCUUCUCUAAUGUGCAUUCUAUUUAUACAUUUUCCAAGUGACUUUGAAAACUAGGAUUUCGGCGACAAGAAAAUGUUGUCUCUUCGAUGUUUUCCAGUGGCUCAGAAAAUCUUUUCUCAUUGCUUCACUUCUCAAGCCGCCACAUUAAAAAUUGGUUCAAGAUGCUUGGCCACCAUAACUCCGGAAAUGAACCAGAGGCACAAAUCAUUUCCAGCAAGCUCCAAUACUGUUCAUCAACAAAUCAGAUUCACAAGUUUUUUCAAUAAAUUAACUGGCGAGCAGCUUUGGAAAGGAGUGACGAGUGUCAGUAAUGCGGGCAAGAAAAGAGGUCGUGGAAAGGGCAAUCGAAAAAAGAUUGCCAAAAAUCUCAAUAGAGGACAGUUUAUUGGAGUCGGAAAGGCGAACAUAAUCUGGCCCGGAUUGACGACGCCCGUGCUUCGCGGCAAGGAACUGGUCGAACGACAGAAACUGCCUGAGGACCCGGACCGGGAGGCGCGCCUCAUCAAGAUCCGAAACGAGAUGGGUCGCUUCCGACCGCUGAGGUUGUCGCCUAUCGAGAGAGGCUGGUCCGGCUCCAAGAUGCCCGGUCGCAGUAUCGGACCGCCCGAUCCGCUCAAUGAAGAAAUGUGGGAAGGAUUCGAUACUAAAGUACUUGAGUUGAAAACGGUGACAUGUAUGACGGGCAACCUAGGCAGAACGCGACGUCAGAGUGCGUUCGUGGUGACGGGCAACAAGCAAGGCCUGUGUGGCAUCGGCCUCGCCAAGGCCGUGGACCCCAAGGCGGCCCUCAAAACAGCCAAAAACAAGGCCGCCAAGAAUCUACUCUUCAUUGAGCGAUAUGAGGGACACACAGUUAUCCACGACUUUUUCACGCAGUUUGGCAACACAAAGAUCUACGUGACUAAGAUGCCGGAAGGCUACGGCCUGGUGUGUCAUCGCGCCAUCAGAACCGUCUGCCAGGUGCUCGGCAUCACAGACCUGUAUGCCAAGGUCGAAGGCUCCACCAACGUCAAGAAUGUUGUCAAGGCAUUCCUCAUUGGCCUCAUGAAACAGAAAUCGCACGAACAGCUGGCGGAAGAGACAGGUCUGCACGUGGUCGAGUUCCGCCAGGAGACAGAGUUUUACCCAGAAGUGGUGGCUGCGCCCACAGUCUGUCGAGACGACAUCAAAGAAAUACCCGACUACAAACAGUACUGCUUCGAUAACAAACUUGUUCUGAAAAAGAAGAAACCUCCGCCAUUUUAUACCAAGGAACCUGGAUGGGAAUAUCAUUUAGUCAAAGUUGAAAACGCAAGGAAUCACGAUAAGGUCCGCAAACAGCUUCGCUUCGAAUAUGGUUUCCUGAGAAGUUUCUUGUAUGAUAAAUAUCCGGAAUGCAGAGCGGGACCCGUCAGGAAAGAAGAGGAGACUGAAUCCUAACUUAGUAUGUUGUUUUGUUAACUGAAAAUAAUAAUAAUAUUAAAAUAACUAUUAAAAUAUCAAUAUUUCAUCCUGCA